GCCGCCGCCGCUGCCGCCGCCCGUCAGCCGCCUCCCGGGGGCCGCGCCAUGGACUCCAUCCCGGGCGAAGACCCCACUUUGCCGCUGGAGGUCAACAGCGGCCUCAAUUUUUCCCGGCUUCCAGAUGUCUCUGGAGAUGAGGUUCGCAACCAAGUGGGAGGCGGUGGAGCGUUGCCUGAGGUGGCCGAAGAGACCGUUUCACCAAGCAGGGCGCGAACCAUGAAGGAUUUUGAAAAUCAAAUCACGGAGCUGCGGAAAGAGAAUUUCAACUUGAAACUUCGCAUCUAUUUCCUGGAGGACAGGAUUCAGCAGAAGUUUGAUGGUCCCCAUGAUGAUGUAUACCGGAUCAACAUCGAGCUCAAAGUCGAAUUGGAGAGUGUGAAACGAGAACUUCAGCAACGAGAGCAGUUGCUCCGGAAAGCAUCGAAAGCCGUCGAGAGCUUGGCCCAGGGUGGCGAUGCCGAAAUCCAACGUCUGAAGGAAGAUGCAGAGAAAAAAGUCCAGGAAGUAGAAGCAAGCUUGACUAGCAGGAUCCAGCUUCUAGAGGAGGACCUUCGAACCGCCCGGGAAGAAGUAGAGAAAGCGUUUGCUUUGACGGACCGCGAAAGAGUCCAGCGACUGGCUGUGGAGCAGCAGCUCUCCUUAAUCAUCACUGCGCAGGCCAAAGAUAUUGAUAUCACCGCCCUGCUGGGAGAAAAAGACAGGUGCAUAGAGCAACUGAGGCUCUCUCUGGAAAGGAAAAACGCUGCGAUCCAGCUCUUGGAGGAAGGACAGAGAAGACCUUCAGAAGAGAGCCAAGAUCCUAGUGCUGCGCUGGAUGAUGAAAAAGAGAAGGCCUUAGAGAUUCUCAGGACCGAAUUCAGCAGUGAAAAAAAAGACUUGGAAAAAAGGAUCGAGGGUCUCCAGGAGAACCUUCGUGACCGGGAAACGGAGCUUUCUGCUGAAAAGAAAAACGCAUUGAAACGUGACAAAACCAUCCAGGGUUUAACCCUUGUUUUAAAAACCAAGGAAAAUGAGAAUGGAGAACUCGCUUCUGAAAUAGAAAGCCUGAAAGCAUUGUUGGCCAAGUCUGGAGAGAUCGGUUCCCAAGCUCAGACACAGAAAUUCAAGGAAAGUGACGAAGGUUCUCAGGAGCUACUGAUGGAGAAGGAGAGCCUGCUGGCAGACCUGCGCUCGCAAAACCUGACCAAGGACACCGAGAACCGGAAGCUCCAGCGGAGGCUGAAGAGGACCGAACAAGAGCUGAGCGAGCUGCUUCUGGAGAAGGAGAAGCUGCGGAAAGACUUGGAAGAAGCUCGGUGGCAGAAAAACCAGAGCGACAAAACCAUCCACGACCUUCAGAACCAGUUGGAAAAAACUCAAAACGAGUUGGCUGAGAAGGAAAAGGCGAUCGAGCUGCAUUACGAGGUCCUCUUGAGUGACGGGGAUCAAAGGUUGGAGGACCAGAAGUUGGUCAUCGCACGCCUGACAGACGGCGCGGCUCAGAAGGAUGAGCUGCUCCAGACUCUUGAUGGGGUCAUUAGAGAAAAAGAUCUGAGGCUGCAGGAAUGGUCCACUAAGUUUCAACAUCUGGAGAAAAAUAAAGAGAACCUGGAGAGACAGAACGAAGCCUUGAUGGAAGAAAAAUGCGCAGCCCAAUCUGAGCAGCUGGUGACCAAAAUGACGCAUGAAUUAGAGAGAGCCAAAGAGUCCGAAUACGCGGAAAUGCUCGAAACUCUUCGAAAAGAGCACACCGUUUUUUCGACUUUGAUCAAGUCCCUGAAAGAUUCCGAUGGCAUAAAUAAUCUGCAGGAGGAGCUAAACACCAUCUUGUCCCUGCGGAAGCAACUCGAAGAAGGCAUCUUGGAGACCUGGAAUUUGCGGAGAACGUUGGAAGAGCAAAUCCGGGAUAACAGGAAGGAAGAAGACACCCCUUUAUCUUGGAGCAAUCAGACGUCGUACAUGAGCAUUUGCUUACGGGACCAGGAUCAUCGGUGGGACUGUCCAGUAGACCAGCUCUCUUUGGAGGAACUUAAAAAGAAGUUUGUCGAACUCCUCGGAGUGGUGAAGGAAAUGCACUGGGUCAUCCAAGAACUGAAAAAGAAGCCGUUUGACUUCUCCGCGUCAGAUCCUUCGGGAAACGAGAAGCAGAAAUCCUUAGACACAAGCGAGCUUCUUGAGCGGACGGAGGAAAGUCAGACUCUGCUGGGGGCUUCCGACGAAGAGGCGAGCGUGCCCAGCUGCGACUGUCCAGAGACCCUGAGCGAGAUCAUUCCUUUGGAUCAACCCUACAAGAUUCUGAACCCACCGGAGCUUGAAUCUGAGCCGGUUGCUGGCAAAUAUUUUGAAGGGAGCCCAGCGGUCAACAAUUGCGAUCCUCGGAAAGAGACUUCUUUGCCUGUGUGCCUUCUGAGCGAAACUGGAGAGGUGGAGUUUGGAUCUCGCAGACAAGGAGAGAGCAAAACUGCAAAUGAGCCAUUAGAUCCUCCGAAGAUUGCCGGGCGAGACAAUUUAAGCAACGAUUUGGAGAACAAAGAGGAGAAGGAUCUUAAGCAGCUGAUCAUUCAGCUGAGAGCGGAACUCGAGCAGCUUAUGCAAGCCAACGUUGCACUGAAGCAACAAGGUGAACCGCAACCCAUGCCCGGCCAUGAGGACGCCGAAACCGCAGGCCAGUUGAACCUGGAGACUGAAUUGUCAAAAGUGGAAGUGAAGGACACCGCUACCCAAACGAUGACCCGGUCAGGAGUCGCUGUGAGGCCGAAGCACGAAGGCAAAAGGACGGCGGUCUCCGAAUAUGGCGCCGCCACCCAAUCUUCUUGGUUUGACCAGGAUUGCUGGCAGAGGUACGUCUCGGCCAAGAGCGAUCCGCAGAAGGCCCUCCCUCAAGUCGGCAAAGCAAACAAAAGCAACUCCUGUUACCAGUCCAAGAAGUCGCGCUUGCCCGUUUUGCUGAAGGCCUCAAGAUCCCUGGGAAGCAUCUCCUUAAUGACCUCACUGCCCAGACCAGAUCUCCAACCUUGUGUCUUUGCCCUGGACCAAGGCCCGAAGGGAAGGCAGUUGAGAGAAGAGGCCCACCAAAGCGAGGCCGAGGGCCAUGGGUCCAUCCGGAAGGACGUACGAGAAGAAGACAAACAAGCAGAAGCAUCGGCAACCCAGCCAAAGGUCUUUGAAGCAGAUCUUAACCUGCCCAGUAUCCAAAACGCUGGCCAGAGAGACCAGGAUCACAGCAAAGCAAUCCAAUUAGAAAUAGAAAAGGAGACCCCUGAAUCCAAACGGUCCGCUUUGCCAGAGCUUCGCCCUCUGCUUGGUGUCCCCGAGAAGCAGUACGGGGACGCCGUGUCGCUGUCCUCGGGGGGCAAGAGGAGCCCUUCCCUUAAGCAGAGCGGGCUCAGUUUCGACACCUUCGACUGCGAGGCCGUGAAUGACGUCGAAGACCUGAGACGGAGAAUCAGGGAUCUGAAAUCCGUGGUGGAAAAAUACCAGCUGCUGCUGAUCCAGUUCGAUCUGGUUGAACCGUGUCCUCCCGGAGACGCUCUGGAUCCCGUCCGGAGCGACGGUGAGAGGAUGCCCUCUCCCGCGGAGUUCAAGGAAAGCGAGCCGGAGUUCGCCAGCUUCUCCAACGAAAUGGAGCCAAAGGAAGGCGUGGAGGAUUCUUCAGGAUCCGGUCCCUCGAACGACCAGACCGUCCAGAAGCUCCGAGAGCUGUUGUCAGAAAACGAAGCCGAGCUUGAGAAAGAGCAGAUGGCGAACAUGAAACUGGUAGAUGAAGUCCAUCGUCUCCACGACAAACUCAAAAGCCUGACUCCCCGGGACGAGCCGGAUUUCUCUGUCGGCCCGUCGCUUCCCGAGGAGUCCCGCCAGCGCCAGAAAAUCCACGAGACCCACAACAUUUGUGCCACUUACCGGCAACACCUGUCCAACUUGAUCCGCGCGUUUGAAGAUCUCCUGUGGGACAACGAGGUGGAUUACUACGUAGCCAAGAGCUUUCGGGAGAAGCUCAACCAAAGCGCCCAGAUCUUUGAGAGGCUGGAGCACCAAUGUCUCUACGGAGAGCCAAUAGACGACGAAAUGGCCAGGCUUUGCAAUCUUGCCCAGAGCUUGUCGGACCUUGAGAUAACCCAACACUUGCCCUCUUCAGAAGGACCCACUCCUGGAAAAGAAGAAACGGAGAGCGGAAAGGGAAAACCAACUGCUACCCCAACCAAGUUUCCACCAGAGCUGUUGAUGGAACAUCUCCAGGAAAUACGCUUGCUGAGACAGCGGCUAGAAGAUUCCAUUAAAACCAACGAGCAUCUGAGGAAGCAGCUGGAACAACAGGUCUCAGUUUCUGUCCCAGACCAAGAGUUGAGUUUCAGCACCUUGGACAGCCCCUCCCACUGCAACCUGUUGACCAACAAGGAGAUUUUCCCCAUCCCCAGUCACUGCGUCUGGGCGGACAAGAACGGCCAACAUAUCCUCGGCUUGAUCGAAGAUUACAACUGUCUCCGGAAGCAGAUCACGGAAGGGCGGAAGCAACUGGGUAAACUGGAGCUUCCCCUGAAAGAGGCAGAAGGUCUGGAUUCUGCAGUGACGGUUCCUCUGAGCAGUUUGUCUACCACCUUCAAGGCGGUCCAGCAGAACCUGGAAGAAGCUGCCCGCCUCUUGAACCUCCUCUGGAGGGUCUCCUUGCCAAUGAAAGUGGUCCAUGCUGCCGCUUACUCACUUCAGGAUGAAAGUCUGAAGUCUGAGGUCUACAAGCUCCGCCGGAAAGUGGCCGAACAGGAGAAGAAGCUCUACAGUAUGGCCAGGCGCUUGUAUUCCACCAACCAACUCAAGGAAAACAUGGAGAGGGUCAUCAUAGAUCAGUUGGCGUUAACACACAAUGUUUUAAAAAAGGCCAGAGGAAACCUUGAAGUUCAGCCGUCAGACAACAAAGCCGCCCCUUCCAGCCUCAUCAAGAAGAGGGUUUAAGCGAAGGUUUCCGGGGGUCUGCAAUAAAGACCAUUUUCCUUUGCCGAGCCGGUGCUUUCGGGUUCUUCUUUCCCUCCAAGGCCUUAAUAUUCCUUACAAUGUCCACCCUGUUACUCCGGCGUUUUCUACCCCGAUGUCUUCUGGAUAUUAUUCAGACUGCAAACACUCUCUCUUACGCCGAGGAUGGUUAAAUUUGGUACCGAUUUUUUUUUCUUCUUCUCCAGCUUUCUCUGGCUGGGCCAACCUCGGCGCUUGGCUUUGCUCCCUUGACAUGGUCAGUGGCAUGAAGACGGACCUGCUGUCAAGAAGGUCAGCGAAGGCCGAGUUAAUUUAGGCAGGCGGAAUUUUUGGAGUGUGGUCAACUGAGAGGUGGGAACGUGGGAAACUUGUGCGCAGAAUAAAAAGUCUUGCCAAUCUUUGCUUUGAAGGUCUUGGCUGAAAACAACUCGCUUGCAGGGUUCAGAUCUCUUGUCAUCCCAGCCACCCAAGAGGAUCCUGAAAUGAAAAGAAAACGGAGAUGAUGGUUUGCACAGAACUUGCUCUCCUCCCCUCCAACCCCCCCCCCACUCCAUCCCAUAAUUGCAGAAUCUUGCAUCUCUCCUUCGCAGCUCAGUAAGCUGGAGCCCCUUAAAACCACAACAAUUGGCUGCUCCCGGCUCACGUUGGCAAAGUUUCCCUGUUGAAUCUGGGGUGAAAGGAGAGAUGUGUAUUGCUUCACUGGGUUGUAGGUAGGACUUCUCUACCCCUAAACUGCAGGGGACUUUCUGCUACCUCCUUUUUUGGGCAGAGCACCUGCCUCUAAAUUCUUGCCUACUUGGACAAUGUGCAGCUGCCACUCGGAUCCCCACUGGACUGGAAAAGUAGCCAUAAAGUUGACAAGGUCCAUCUUUAAAUGUCCUCUCCAUCCCAAACGGGAGAAUAUACUCCAGUUGGGCUUUAGAUGUUGUCCUUUCUCAAAGACCUGAGCUCCCGAUAUUUUCUCCGACGACAUGGUUGAAAUUUGGAAGCUACGUUUGACCUCCCUUUUUGCCUUGUUCAAAACCCCAGGAAUCAAACUCCUCUAAAACCUGGGGCAGGAGAUCCAAAAAUUCCAGGUCCAUCUCUCUCAUGACCACCUCCCAUUGUCUUCAUGUCCACACUAAGCUGUUAAAAAAAGUGACAUAAUUCAGGGUAUGAUUUUUCACUUUAAAAAAAUUGCCAUCUUUUGUUCUAUACUAUUCCUUUCGAGCAUUCUUGCAUCUAAACCAUUCCUGUAGACUAUUUUAGAAUUUGUUGGUUUUCUGUGAUAUAUUUCUUAUUUGCUAUGGCAUCAGACUUGUAUAACUACCAUUUUAGAGAUUGUCCUGAACUUUUUUUUUAAGGUAGGAUUUAAAAGAAGUAUUUAUUUAUCGGUGUCUCGGUUGGGUGCACCAACGCUGACGGAAAACCUUGUUAGAUAGGCUUCUGUCCUAAUCAACCUGGAUGUUUCUUAGAGUCUCACCCCAA